UCCUUGACACAUGCAGAGGUGUGGGAUGAUUCUGCCCUAGUUCAGUCCUGGGACGACGCUGUUGAAGAAUACCAGCAUUAUUGGAGCAUUCAUGCGAAGGGUGAAAAUGUUGAAGAUGUCUUGAAAGAAGCGGAAGACGCUGUCAUUACUCCAGCUGUACAUCACGAUGAUAGUGAAGGCAUCAAACCUACAGAGGAUGGUACCGUUCAAUCUAAUAAUGAGGAUGUCUCAAUGAUCAUUGAUGAGCAAACUUCCGAGUCUGCCCCUCAGCCUUCUCAGCCUGUGACUGAUGGCAGUUCUGGAGUUUCCACGGCUGCUAUGCCGAUGCCUCACCCAAUCAUGGCAAAUGUCCAAGAUGAAUCGUUGAAAAACCUUAUGAUGUCAUGGUACUAUGCAGGUUACUACACUGGACUUCAUGAAGGCCAACAACAGGCAAGCCGUAACCAGAGCUCAUGA